AUGGCAGCAGUUAACCAGUUGAAGCGAGGUUGCCGUAGGGAGAAGAUUGAUGAGGUUGAUGAGGAGCCUAAACAGUCCACCACGGCAGUGCAGACAGACCCGAAGCAGACGGGAGAUUGGGGAUCCGUAAAGAUUGACAGAAAGGAUCUACGCCGUAACGGCGAGAUCGGCACGUAG